GAGUUUGGAGAGCUAAGAAUAGUAGUGGGAAUGCAUUGCGGGAACAGAUCCAGAUCCAGCUACUCAGAACUCCCACGUCGUUAACCGGUUUCAUCUUCAAUCCUUCUUCAUCAUCACAUCUUAAAGUCUUGUCGAUUAACCACUACUUCGACCAGCAGCCAUGUCCAGAAGGCCUGUAAAUCCUGCCAGACGUCCUGCAGACAGUGGCAGCAUUCCAUUUGUGAGCUCAUUGCAUCAGAAAUCACGCUCUUCACCAUUGCUAUCAAUUGGGCUUGUCCUUGUGGGCGGCUUCCUUCUUAUCGGCUAUUCUUAUAGUGGCUCAGGUGGAAUUGGCGGAGAUAGAGAAGCUCUUAGCAAGGUUGAAGGUGAUCUUUCAUGUACAUCAGAAGUUCAGGGAGCCUUACCUUUCCUGAAGAAAUCAUAUGGUGAAGCCAUGCGUAAAGUUUUGCACGUAGGCCCCGACACUUGUUCAGUGGUCUCUAAAUUGAUAAAAGAAGAGGAUACUGAAGCCUGGGGUGUGGAACCAUAUGACAUGGAAGAUGCUGAUGCUACCUGCAAAAGUCUCGUGCGCAAGGGCAUUGUGCGUGUGGCUGAUCUCAAGUUUCCUCUACCAUACAUGGCAAAGUCCUUCUCACUUGUUAUUGUGUCAGAUGCUCUGGAUUACUUGUCUCCAAAGUACCUCAACAAGACUCUUCCAGAAUUGGCGAGGGUAUCCAUGGACGGUCUUGUUAUUUUUACCGGUUAUCCAGGUCAGCAGAGAGCCAAAGUUGCCGAGCUAUCCAAAUUUGGAAGGCCAGCUAAGUUGCGGAGCUCUUCUUGGUGGGUACGGUAUUUUCUUCAAACAGGCUUGGAAGCAAAUGAAGCUGCCACCAAGAAGUUUGAGCAGGCUGCAACCAGAAAGUCCUACAAGCCAAGCUGCCAAGUUUUCCAUCUCAAUGCAUACCAUUGAAACUGCAGCAUGAUAUCUUCGUUGUUCAUGGACGUUCAGUACAACUAAGGCAAGAGUGUAUUCAAUUCUCAUCUGAAAUACAUCUUCCUGAUCGGUAAAUUAAUUUCGAUGGAUGUGAUCAGUUUUGAUCCCUUAUUGUUAUGUUGUGUUCAUUAGAUAGUAGAUAUUUAUUGAUUAAAA